AUGGCUCCCGCAUCCUCAAUCGAAGAUUGCGGCACUCCUUUCGCCAGCUGGUUUCUGGCGAAACAGCUUCAUCUUUACCGGAAGGGGGCUCCAGGAUCUGUCAUCAAUGGUAUAGGUGAAAUAGUAAACAAGUUCAUUUAUAAAGUACGCACUCAUAUCAGAGGCUUUCACCCAAUCGUCACACUCAAGGCAUGGCAAGGCUCAAAUCUACAUGGCGCAUGCCGAUCAUCCGAAUCACUUCAUUCUCCCUGGCCUAUCUCGACUCGCCUCACAGACCAGAUGUGGUUUGAAAGCCUCAUCAAAGCCGCGUGGGACUCGGACACGGAUUCUGAUCUCCAAUCUGAUCAGCAUGAUCUUGAUCAAUAUGAUGAGACUCAUGUCGACUUCGCCGCAUGGAAGGAUGAUUUCACAGCGCUGACAAGUUCUCCGGAAAUGGAAACUUUACCUAUUUCACCUACAAGCUUACUAUACAGAAGUGUGGAUUGCCAGGUACAAGUGAUCACUGGCCCCUGGUACCCAUGUUUUGCCACCACCAUAGGCACAAAGGUCAACACCAAACACAUUGACAGUGAAGGACACAGCAGUCCCAGAUGCAUGACUCUUUGCAAUUCGAUUUCAUCCCCUGAGCCGACACCUCAUGUCAUGAGCUUGCCAUCACUCGACACUAUGCAUGUUGGAACACGCCUUAGUACUCCAGUUUACCCUCUUCCAACACAUCCCUUGCUUGAACUUCAAAAAGCAAGGAACAUACUGACUCAAGACAAGCAUCUUCAUCUUGAGGUGGGCCCAGGGAGUUUGAAACACGACAAUGCAAAAAAUCCAGCGAAGGUCCAAUUGCAAAGUUUGUCAUAUGCAACAGAUGUAUUUAAAUCCGGAGUCUCCACAAGGAUGGGUGAGUAUGAAAGACUUCAAAAUCAAUUCAGGUGGAGGAUGAUACCAUCUAUUGAGCCUUUGAAAGAAGGGAUUAUGGACCCAAUCAGCUUGUAG